AUGGUGUCGGGAAGAGAAAAAACAAAAAUUAGGAGGAGGAAACAACAUUAUAGAAAGGAAAGAGAGGAAACAAAUAUUUGUCUCCAUCCGCAAUUGACCCUGUACUCUGUCGCGCCACCAUCAGCGCUCCCUGGAAAUCAGCGUCGGCCACUAACCUCGAUAACACCGGCGUACACAUAUCGUAGCCGACCAGCCACAACACACCGUGAUAGUCGCGGCCAACACCAACUUGCGACGAACCCAACCGCUACCGGCAACUGCCCUCCUUCAACUUCCGCGAAAACCGCACAGCAGAUCUGCGCACAAGCUCCAACACAGAUGGAACCGACGAACUUAAGCCAUCAGCUCCGUUCCACCAUCUCCAACGCACAUAGCCGCUCGCAACUCCUGUCGUCUUUACCUUUCAACGUCCAUCGUGCUUCCGAUCUGACGAGGCACCUGACUGUUGGACCACUUCCUUCAUUUCUUUUUUUUUUCUUUGCUUUUCUUUUACUGUCAUUUUCAUGGGUGAGAGUACUGAUAAAGUUUUCACUAUUUUAUGUUAAACUGAAGAUAAGAAGUGAUUAUAUCACCUACCGUUCAUAA